AUGAAAGGGAAAGAAAGAUCCCCGAUUAAAAAGCGCACCCGGGCUCCGGAGGAGGGGAGAGACCGAGGAGGAAGCCACUCGAGCAGCAAGAAAUCUGGAUCUGUACCCGCUCCUGGAAGCAACAGCUCGAUCCAAAGCAGCGCGUCUUCAAGGCGGAAUGUUCACGCAGAUAAAAGAGACAUGAGGGCGAUAGAGCACAAUCCUCCUGGAAGGACUAGUAGCGGAUACGAGUAUGUGGCUAAACCGCACGGAGGCGCUGACAUUUCCCCUGAAGCCUCGCGUUCCGCACGACCUCUGCCGAACACCGAGAGUGAGUACAAGACUUUAAAGAUAAGUGAACUGGGCAAUCAGCUCAAUGACGAGGAGAUAGAAGACGGGCUGUUUCACGAGUUUAAAAAGUUUGGAGACGUCAGUGUGAAAAUCAGCCGUGAAAACGAUGAGAGAGUUGCUUUUGUGAACUUCCGCAGACCGGAGGACGCACGCGCUGCCAAACACGCGCGUGGACGCCUCGUGCUUUAUGACAGACCUUUAAAAAUCGACACUGUUUACAUGAACCGCAGAAGGAGUCGCUCUCCCGUCUCCAAAGACACUUUUCUCCAAAGCCAAAGGCCUUCACACACUCAGCGGCCGCUGUCGCCUCCUGUCGGCUACAGAGACUACCGCCUUCAGCAGCUCGCCCUGGGCCGCCUGGAGCGGGACAGAGACUUCUACGACAAUCGCAGACCACCUUUCAUCCCUGAAUGUUUCCGUGACGAUGACCUCUUGAACUCUGAGGACGGACAAAGGCCAAACAGAACUUUGUUUCUGGGAAACUUGGAUUUGAGUUUGACCGAGAAUGACCUGCGCAGAGCAUUUGAACGUUUUGGAAUAGUCACCGAGGUGGACAUAAAGAGACCAGGGCGCGACCAGACCAACACUUAUGGAUUUAUCAAGUUUGAAAACCUGGACAUGGCCCAUAGAGCCAAACUGGCCAUGUCUGGGAAGGUCGUGGGUCAUAGCCCCAUAAAGAUAGGUUACGGAAAGCCUACACCUACCACCAGACUGUGGGUGGGAGGCCUGGGCCCGUGGGUACCAGUAGCUGCUCUAGCCAAAGAGUUUGACCGGUUCGGCACAAUUAGGACUAUAGACUACAGAAAGGGGGAGGCGUGGGCUUAUAUCCACUAUGAGAGCCUGGAUGCAGCACACGCAGCUUGGACUCACAUGCGCAGCUUUCCUCUUGGGGGUCCGGACCGGAGACUGAGAGUGGACUUUGCAGAAGCUGAGCAGCGCUAUCCACAGCAGCCAUACAUGCCGUUGCCACUGCCAGUGUCCCACUUUGACCUGGUCCCAGAGCCCUUUGCCCACAGACUGCCAGACCCUGUGCGACUGCGAGACCGGUCUCCCCCUCUACCAGCACGCUUCAGGGACAGAGACCCAUAUCCCCCUGAGUGGUCUGGUCUCAACAUACACGAGCGCAUGAGAGGUCCACCCUUUGACCAUGUGGAGCACCUGGACCGUCACCCCAGAGACGUUUGGGCCUUAGAGCAUGAGCGGGACCUCCUCCACAAUCGAGACAUGGGGCGCAAAAGGAGGCAUUUAGAGGACGGCUGGCGGCAUGACCGCUCUCCUGAACACAUUGACUAUAUCCCGCGUCGUCAUGGUAACUCAUUAGAGCGCAGCCCUGGAGGCAGUAGUCGGGAUGGUCGCUACAGUGACUCGGAGCGUCUGUCUCGUUCGGGCCGUCCCUCUCCUGGCAAAGAGAGAAACAGUCAUAACUUUGGAGAAAAGAGAAGAAGACCUUCCAGCCCGACACAACUCCUUUCAGACAGAGAGCACAGCCGCAGAACCAGCGACUCUGUUAAAAGCCCAAGUAAACGAGAGGAGCGCUCAGAUCGCACUCAUUCAAAGACUGCCCCGACAUCCAAACGAGCACAGAAGCUGAGUCCUGUAUGGCAGGGUGCCCUGCUGCUGAAAAACAGCAGUUUUCCUACAUUGUUGCACUUGUUAGAGGGAGAUCUGGAGUUGGCCAGCAGUCUGCUCGUGGAAGGCCCCACUGGAGGUCCCGUGUCCCAGCUGAAGAUUGCACAGCGCCUGCGCCUGGACCAGCCCAAACUGGAUGAAGUGUCUCGUCGCAUCAAAGCAGCAGGCUCUGAUGGAUACGCCAUCCUCCUGGCAGUUCCGGGAAAGACCGAGGAGGAAGCAGACAGCAGCUCGACGGAGCGACCCCUGAAAAAUCUGGUGUCGUAUCUGAAGCAGAAGGAGGCGGCCGGUAUCAUCAGCCUCCCUGUUGGGGGCAGUGGCCGAGACAAGGACAACGCUGGAGUGCUCCACGCUUUCCCUCCUUGUGAGUUCUCGCAGAAGUUUGUGGAUGCUGCGGCCAAAACCUUUGCUAAAUCCGAGGAGGACUGUAUGGUUAUGGUCAUAAUCAAAGGAGCGUCCUGA